AUGACUGCUCAAACGACAGCGACAACAGCGGCCAAGGGCAUUGUCACGACCGUGUUCAUUGCCCUCGUCCUUGAUCUCCUCGCUUUCACUCUGCCCCUGCCGCUAUUUCCUCGGCUGAUUGCUUGGUACCUUCAGCGCGAAUCUCACUCGCCGUCCACGCUUCUCGCUCGCCUACUCAACCUCUCGUACUCAUGGCGAGGCUACCUGACCUCCCUGUCAGGAGCCAAGUCUGUCGUGCCCGAGAUCAGGUGGGGCAAGGCCGCUGCCGACUCCAUCACCCAGGGGAAGAACUGGGAUGUGGUGCUUCUCGGUGGGGCCAUGGGAAGUUUGUUCUCCCUGUGUCAAUGUGUGAUCAGCCCAUGGCUGGGGAGCUUGUCUGACAAAUACGGAAGGAAGAAGGUCUUGCUGGCUACCAUGGUCGGCAACAUUGUGUCUGCCGCUAUUUGGCUGAGAUCCACCACCUUCAGCACAUACCUGCUCUCCAGACUCGUUGGCGGUCUUUCUGAGGGCAACGUGCAGAUAAGCACCGCCAUUAUCUCAGACGUCACCACCGCCGCCACCAGGUCCAGAUCUCUGGCUCUGAUAGGCAUUGCUUUCUCCAUUUGCUUCACAAUUGGUCCGUCGGUAGGCGCUUACUUUGCGUCACGUUCUUUGCCCAAUACCGUCCCAUCAGCAGAUUGGAACGUCUUUGCCGUCCCCGCCGCCAUCUCGCUCGGCCUGCUCGUCAUCGAAACGCUCUACCUCGCGGCUAGGCUACCGGAAACGCGCAACUGGUCCGAGAAGCAGGUAGAAAAGGGGGAUGUCAAGGCUGCUGUACCCGUCGACAGCGUUGACGCUCGGCUCAGAAAGCUCAGGGCGAUGGGGAGACUGCACGGGCUGUUCCUGCUGUUCUUCUCCGGUGCGGAAUUCACUUUGACAUUCCUCACAUACGACCUCUUCUCAGCUUCCAAUGCCCAAAACGGCCGUCUCUUGUCAUACAUCGGCGUCCUCUCUGCUCUGCUCCAAGGAAGACACGUCCGCCCCUCUAUGGCUCGACUCGGCGAAGUCCGGCUCGCCACACGCGGUAUCCUCUCCUGCGUCCUCGCGCUCGGCCUCCUCUCCCUCCUUCCCCAUCCGCGCAUAGUCACCUCCUACGCCCUAUCCACCACCGUCCUCUACGCCGCCGCCACCUUGUUGUCAUACACCAGCGCGACGGUGGUGUCAUGCCUCACAGCCGCCGCGGCGGGAUGUACGACCGAGGGAGCGGGUGGGGAUCCGCGCUUGCAAAGAGGGAGGGCGUUGGGCGGGUACAGGUCCAAGGGGCAGCUGGGGCGGGCGAUCGGACCGAUACUUGCGAGUUCGGUGUAUUGGGUGAUGGGGCCCAAGGUGUGUUACUCGGGGUUGGCGGGGUGCUUGGUGUUGGUUUGGGCGAGUACGAGGGGGUUAGUGGCGGAAGAGAGAUCUAGGAAAUUGAUGAAGGCAGAGUAG